UUUCCGGGGUUAAGCCGGGGCUGAGGCCGCUCUGGGACGGGCCGCACCGCACCGCACUGUACUGUACUGUCUCGGUGCAGGCUCCGCUCCGGGACGGGACACGAUGGCGGAGCUGGGUGCGGACGGGCCUGAGGCGCGGAGCCGGGAGCAGCCGAGCCUGCAGAGGCUGUCGGUGUGGGAACGGGGCCCGGAGCCCACCGCCCCGCUCACCCACACCCAGAGCCGGAGCGUGUCCGAGCUGGGGGAGGCCGCAGACAGCACUCCGCUGCCGGCCCAGUUGCCAAUUGAAGACCUUUGCAGCCUGGCAUCACGAUCCAUCACUGUUCCUCUUACAGCUGCAGUUCCUGAAUCUACUGAGGAUAUUCUUCUCAAAGGCUUUAUUGCCUUAGACAUGGAAAAUGAGAAAAUUGAAACUGCUCAGCAGUUCUACACCUGGUUUUCCAGGAUACAGGCACAGAUGGAUCAAGACGAAGGAACAAAAUACAGAGAAAUGAGGGAUUAUCUAUAUGGCUUUCAGGAGCAAUGUGAUGCAAUACUGAAUGACGUCAACACAGCCUUGCUACACUUGGAGUCUUUGCAGAAGCAGUACCUUUUUGUGUCCACCAAGACAGGUACACUACAUGAGGCUUGUGAGCAGCUCCUGCGGGAACAGUCAGAGCUGGUCGAUCUUGCUGAGAGCAUUCAGCAGAAGCUUUCAUAUUUCAAUGAAUUAGAAAAUAUAAACGCAAAAUUGAAUUCACCCACAUUAUCUGUGAAUAGUGAAGGAUUUAUACCCACGCUGGCCAAGUUAGAUGACUGUAUAACCUACGUGUCAUCAAAUCCUGGCUUUAGAGAUUAUCCUGUUUAUUUAGCAAAGUUUAAACAAUGCCUAUCCAAAGCUAUGCACCUGAUGAAGAUUUACACUGUGAAUACACUUCAGAACCUCUCCACUCAGUUAACCAAAAGGGACCCCUCGGUUACAUCUAACACCGAUAAUGCCUUUACAUUGUUCUACGUGAAGUUCAGAGCAGCAGCUCCAAAAGUGCGGUCUCUAAUUGAGCAGAUAGAGCAAAGGACUGAAAAAAGCUCUGAGUAUCAACAGCUUCUGAGCGAGAUCCAUCAGUGCUACUUAGAUCAGAGGGAGCUGCUUCUAGGUCCGAGCAUCUCCUCCACCAUUGCUGACCUGACCAGCCAAAAUAACAGGGAUCACUGUGCUCUGGUUCGAAGUGGUUGUGCUUUUCUGGUUCGGGUGUGUCAGGAUGAACAUCGGCUGUACAAUGAAUUUUUUACAAAGCCAGCUCCCAAACUGGAUGAGUUGCUGGAGAAGCUGUGCCUGUCAUGGUAUGAUGUGUUUCGACCACUCAUCAUUCAUGUCAACCACCUGGAGACGCUGUCGGAGCUGUGUGGAAUUCUGAAAAAUGAGAUGUUGGAGGAUCAUGUGCGGAACAAUGCAGAGCAGUUGGGUGCCUUUUCUGCAGUGGCAAAGCAAAUGCUGGAAGAUGUACAAGAACGUCUCGUCUACAGGACGCACAUCUAUAUUCAGUCUGACAUUGUGGGCUAUAAGCCUGCACCUGGGGACCUGGCCUACCCUGACAAACUGGAAAUGAUGGAGCAAAUUGCACAGAGCUUGAAGGAUGAACAAACCAAGUCGUCUGUGGCUGAUUCAUCUUUUGCAGAUGUUCAACUUGAAGAUCCUGAUUCUAAAAAUGUCAUCAAAUCAGGUAACUCAGAAGCUCUGAAUCCUCGGCCACAAUCGACGAUCUCCCCUGCAGAUUUGCAUGGCAUGUGGUACCCGACAGUGCGCAGAACACUGGUCUGUCUCUCGAAGCUUUACAGAUGUAUCGAUCGGGCAGUGUUUCAGGGUCUAUCGCAGGAAGCCUUGUCUGCUUGUAUCCAUUCCUUACUUGGAGCUGCUGAUUCGAUCAUUAAAAACAAGACUCCAACAGAUGGGCAGCUCUUCCUUAUCAAGCAUCUCUUGAUCCUUCGGGAACAGAUUGCUCCUUUCCACACUGACUUUGCCAUUAAGGAGAUUUCCCUGGACCUUAAAAAGACUAGAGAGGCAGCUUUUAAAAUGCUGAACCCCAGAUCUGUCCCCAGGUUAUUUCGACUGAGCAGCAACAAUUCCAUCCUUGAAUUCCUGCUUGAGGGGUCUCCAGAGAUCAAGGAACAUUAUAUAGACUCGAAGAAGGAAGUGGAUCGUAAUUUGAAGUCUGCUUGUGAAAAGUUCAUUCAGCACCAAACCAAACUCUUUGUGGGACUCCUGGAAGAGUUUGUGACCAAAGUAUCGGCUUUAAAAACAAUGGGUCAUCAAGGAGGGCCGAAGUAUAAUCUAGCACAGCAGCCAUGGGCACACCCAGCAAAAAUUAAUGAUGUUGUGGCUUCUACGUACAAAACCAUCAAAGUUCAACUGCCCACAACAUUGAGAAGUCUUUCCUUGUAUUUGUCCAACAAGGAUACAGAAUUCAUUCUGUUUAAACCUGUGCGGACUAACGUUCAACAGACAUUCCAAAAAUUGCAAGGAGUAUUGCAGGAGGAUUUCAGUGGCGAGGAUCUGCAGAUUAUAGCAUGUCCCUCCAUGGACCAGAUAAGUCUGUUAUUAUCUGCUACCAACUAGAAUCACUGUCAGACAGUGGAAAGAGGAAGUGGGUUAAUGUCCAGCACUUAAAACUAGACAUCAACCAGACAAGGGAGAAGCACUGAGCAAGUUGGAAGGUAUUUGGAAUGAAAUUCUUUGCCAGACGAGAGGUUCGGGGAUUACUGACUCCAAUUUUAGCUUCUGCAGAACGUCACUGUCUAAAGGCCCAUGGCUGUUUGCUGAAGAAUUUGACUGUAACUCUAGUUACCACCUUAAAGCUACAGUCCAGUCUUAAACUGAGACACCUGUUUGCAAUUUCAGGUAGAAUGUAACCUGAGCUAUUGUCAGAAAGAAACCUGCCUGCCAAAGACUGUGCUUCGUCACUGAGGAGGCUGGGUUACCUGAAGUAGUUGCUCAUUUCACAAAGCCUAAGGCAUUUUUUUUUGCUUGUCUAUACGUGUUUGCAUAUUUUCUAUACUUGGUAUGGGACUGUACAUUAAACAGAGGAAAUGUGAUUGAAAUUAGUAUGGAAAUGGUGUCGGUUGCAAAGGUUAUGUUAAUGUUGAUGUGAUAUUAAAGGGAGCUUUGAAGAGGUCUGUACUGGAGCACAGUUUAGAGUGACUCCCCUUUGUGUAUUAGCAUUGUGCAUUCUGCAGGGUCUUUUUUUUUUAAACCCCCCUUUCUGUGCAAUCUAAGGGUUGUUAAUCUUAGGAAAUGGAGCACCUCUCAUUUCAGGUAUGCAGUGUCCCUCCCAAUUAUAACACAGACGUACUGUUAAGUUCUUUCUAUCCUUCAGCUACUUAAUCACAGAAGUGGUGCACUACUGUGACCUUUUCCAUUACCUAGCUUUUUGAGUCAAGGAUUAGGGUCAUUGGCCAGCUAAUGUCAAAUUAACAACUGGAUUGGGACGACACAAAUUCAUGUCACUUAAGCAUUAAAAUAAAGAGGACACCCGUAUCAGUCUGAGCUGUGGUUUAGUCAUGUUCCCAGGAGUAAAAGAUUGGCAUCUCAACAUGUUAGUUUUCUCCAUUGUUUUACAGAAAUAUUCCCAUCAAGGUGAAAUGGGAGUGGUGUUUAUGCAUCAUGGCCCCAGCCCAGCCCAUAGAUUGGUCAGUAACAGGGUUUUUCUGUCCUCGGACAUUCUGCUUUAACUAUUCUGCACUGAUUCAUUGUAAACUAUUGCUUUGGAACCACCUUUGUAAGAUCUACAGUCUGCUUCACUAUCUGUGCAGCACCUAGCCAUCUGAAUGCUGAAGUGUAUGCAGUGCAAGUCGCAGUUACAAACACAAGUUGUAGCUGGGCUGCAGAUUGACUCCUGGAUGGCAGUUUUCCUUAGCAAUGAAUUUUGUUUAUAAAUCACACUUCCAGAUGCAAAGAUUUGCAUUGUAAAUGUUCAACAGAAGCCAGGCUUGCAUCUCAAGUCUCCCAGCUUCAUCACAUUUGUGUGUUCAAGAUUCCUUGAUGGAUGAUUCCACAUUAUCUGAUUUUAAUGUUAACAGCUCAAGAACAAACUGUUAAGUGAACAUGGGUAAAUCUGGAAUAAGGUCCUUUCAUUGAUGAAACAAUCGUGUGACCCUGAUCACUGCUGUAAGUUGCAAUGUGAUUUGUCGGAGGAUUUGAAUACACUGCGAUAAAGUUUAAGUUAAUAAACACACAACAAAGAUGAAACCCAAACUACUGAUCCUGAAAUAAAUGCAUCAAAUUAAUUUGCAGUUCAUCACUGAAAACAACAGAAGUUUUGUUUAUCCAUUUCAGUGUUUUAAACCUUGAGCUCCACUGUUAACUGGGUCAGCGUCUGGUACGAAUAUAGAAGGAGCCAGUCAGUCAAUCCUUAAUUAUUGUAUCUCCUGCCUAGACAAAUGCUUUUUAUCCAAGAUUCUUGAAUGGGAAUGAUGAAACCAUCAAAUUGGAGUUGUGUGUGGGGGAGUUGAGAUCAUAGCUGAGAGCCAGCUAUAGUGAAAUUCAAAUGAUUUGGAAUUGAAAUAUUCCUUUCAUGAUAAAGGCCUUCACUAUACAACUUCUCAUAUCCUUAGUGAGUAAUUCUGCGUGGUCUGCAGGGAGCAAGAACUUCCAGGGGUUGGUCUUCGCUGAGUUAGCUAACCUAAGGGGAUGUGGUCAGUGAGUAAAAUGAUGAGUUUCUCCUCCCUCUCUCGGGUGAGUAUAUUAGGGAAUGAUACUGGAGGAGCAGAGCCCUAUGUAACAUACGGUGGGGAGCAUAAAACAUCCCUAACCCAUUUAAAUUCAGCAGUGAUCUUUUUCAGAUGUCGUUCAGUUUGGGAGUGAGAGUUAGAUAUUCUGAACCUGAUUUACUUUAGCAGUAGUGUCCAUGAGUUUUCACGUUCCGUUGAUGCCUGUUCCAACAAACAGAUUGGUGUUAAAACAGCCUGAUGUUGUGUAACAUGAAUGUAUAUGUUGUGAAAUAACAAUGAUUUUAUCUACAAAAUAAUUGGGGGAAAUGCACGAUGUACAUAAUUGGUUUCCUUGUAUGUAAUUAAAUGACAUUUUACUACAGUGUAUAUAAUGGGGGCCAGGGAGGCGACAAUAUAUUUGCUAUGAAAGGUAUACCUGCAUUUUAUAUUUUAGAAGUUUUUCUAAAUAAAAUUGACUCCUAGUUGAUUCCUUCAGUAGACAAUUCCAGAGACAGUUAGAGACAGUUAAUAAAGCAAUCCAACUUAUUGAUUCUGAUUACAUUAUUUUGGUUUGCUGAAGUGUUUUAAAGGGUUUACAUAUGUAAAUGGUAUGUAUAUAACGAGAAUAAUAAUAUAAACAUGCUUGCUCCCACCACCCCCUCCCCAUUUUCUUGGUGCAAUCUGAUAGUUUUAAUAAAACAUUUUCAAAUAA